UUUGGUUUGAUGGCUUGUGAUCAUCCAUCUUCCUCUUAAUUAUAUUCCAGAGGUUUUCAAUUUGGUAAAAUCAAAGAAACUCUUAAUUUUAAAUAAAACAAAUAAAGCUUAUUAUUAUUUUCCUCUCAGCUGCAGCAGCAUCUUCAGUUCACCCUGUUUAUUAUAUAGAGAGAUGGAUUCCGCCCCCUGUCACCCAGAUCCCGCCACUGCUCCUUCCAGCGCUCCUCUCCACCUUCCAGAAGUUCAGAAGAAUAAACAGCGGGCUGGGUUUAGUGGAUCAGAGCUUUAACUGGAGUUUAGUCUAAAAAUCGGAGUUAAAUCGAGGUAAUAAAGUGGAGAACGGCGCGGUUUAAUACCCGAGAGGAGCUCCAGGAUUUAACCUAACCCAGCUGUCUGACUGACUGUCUGGGUUAGCUUCAGCUGACAGCGGUAUGCGGUGAGAAGGGCAGCCGGGGAGAGACGCCUGGAGGUCGGGCUCAGUAAGCGAGCCGCCCGGUGCCUUGGCCUGGAAGUGGAGCGGUUUAGCUUUUAUAGCUAACAACCUGGGAAUGCACCGGUCUGAGGCAUGAAUUUGUAGAUAUGAUCUCAACGCUUGACCAUGGUUUUAUUGGACUCAAGCCAAGGACACAGUAGCAGAAGGAGCAAAGAUGGUUAUGCUGCAGAGGAUCUGAAGCUGGCCUUGCUCCACCCCUAAAGCCAGUAUGAGUGAGGUCCAGGCCACUGUGGAGUUCUCCGUAGAGCUCCACAAGUUCUACAAUGUGGAUCUCUUCCAGCGAGGGUUUUAUCAGAUACGUGGUAGUAUGAAAAUACCACCUCGGACCCCUCACAGAGUCGAGGCCAGUCUUCUCCAUCCCACAAGUUCAGAUUUGGCGUUUCCUGCCUCGGUGCAAGACGACGUCAUCUGCAGCAAAACCUUUCAGAUCCUCUACAAGAACGAGGAGAUCGUCGUCAACGACGUUCUGAUAUUUAAGGUGAUGAUGCUGCUGGAUGAGAAGAAGGUGGAAGAGUCUUUGAAUGAGAUGGACUUUCAGCUGGCUUUGGAUCUCUUCUUCACAGAUGGCGACUAUACGCCGGAGGACUCCAGCUCCCUGCAGAGUAUCAGCAGCCGGACCUUACGCUUGCACUUUAGCCUCCACAGAGGCAUCCACCAGCACGUCAACGUCAUGUUCGACUACUUCCACUUAUCCGUCAUCUCCGUCACCAUCCACGCCUCCCUCGUAGCCCUGCAUCAGCCUCUCAUCAGUUUCCCCCGACUGGUUAAAAGCACCUGGCUGAACCGUAACGCACCAGCACAGAGCAAAGACUCCCUCAUCCCAACUCUGGAGUCUGUAGUGUUCGGAAGUACCUACGUCAAACAGCUCUCCCCAGAUGGAAAGACGUUCCUGGUAUCGGACCAGUGUCUGCAGCAUGCCUUCACCCUGCAUCAGAGCCUGUGUGCCAGUCUGCUGUUGGCGUACCAGGGCCUCUUCGAGUACUUCAUGACUCUCACCAAGAGCCUCCCUGCUUCCCAACGCCUGGAGCUUGCCAAGCCCAGCAUGCAAGUCCUUUAUGAACGAGUUCUCAGAAGACCUUUUCCCCGAGGCCAAAGGCGCGUCUACAUAGAAAAACUAGAUGUGGAAGCCCGUAUUCAAGAGCUUUGCGAACAAGUCAAGCAGAGGGCAGAGAGCCCAGACGAGCUGGCUGAGCUGGUGAACAUGAACCUUGCCCAGCUGUGCUCUCUGCAGAUGGCUCUGUGGGGCCAGUUCCUGGAAGCCAUCUCUCUGCACGAGAGCGUUUCAGCACUGCUGGCUCAAGAACACCACGCCCUGAGGGUGCGGAGAUUUGCUGAGGCGUUCUUCUGCCUGGAACACCCGAGACAGGCAGCUCUGGCCUUCCAGGAACUGCAUGCACACAGCCACCAGCAGAUGACUGCAGCUAUUAAGAGCUCCUCAUACUUCCUUUCCCUGCCGCCACUUCCUGUGGAAUGUGCUGACCUGGACGGGGACGUGAACUCCCUGCCCAUCAUCUUUGAGGAUCGAUAUCUGGAGUCUAUUACGGAGGAUCGUGAUGGUCCGUGGCUUGGUCUGCACAACACCAGGACUGGUUCUGUAUCUAGUAAAGCAGAUAAGCCUAAUUCAAAAGAGUUGGGUGCCAGUGCAGUAGGUCCCCUCAGCCCAGACCUCCACCAGUCCGCUCUGGCCACCGGCUGGGCAGAACCGAAUGAGCCUCCAAUCAAAUCCAAGGCCAAGUCAAUCAAACUCAAGAAGAACGCCAAGACUGAGAAUGCAAAAAAGCUGAUCAGACAGACCUCAAAGGACUCGGUAGUUCUGACCGGCUACAAGAACUUGAAGGUUCCACAUGGUGACCCGGCUGGCAAGUCCAAAGAGGGCGACCCCAAGUGCAAUCAAAAAGAGGAGCAAGACUUAUUGUCUGGAGAUCCCGGCAGUAGGUUAAGCUCCACAUUAAAUAAAUCCAUUUAUCAGAAUGACGCCACAACCACUCACACUAUAGACUGUCUUUUGAACGACAGCCAGGCUAACACUGGUAUCCAGAGGGACAAUUUCACAAAUCUUUUAACUUUGCAAGCACAGGCCAGGCCCCAGGCAGGUACUGGAGCUGGAGCCCCCGAAAGCAAAACGGCACAUGGUGUUGACGGUUUGAUCGCGCCUGCUGGGCUUCGGCAUAUCGAGGUCAAACCUAGCGACAAGAACCCCUACCAGGGCGAUAAGGUCACCAUCCUCUUUCCGUGCCCAAGCGAUCAUCCAGCCCCCAGGAGGGACAUUCCUGAGAUCAAACAGAUAGACUGCUGCGAGUCCAAGCCUCAAAGUGGGCAGAAUCAGAAUCAGGAGGGGCUGCAGGGGACCACCGAUGUGGCUCUAGUGGCUAGUUGUGCAAUGUCAUUGAGGAGCGACAACAUACCAAUUGCCUCCUCGCGCCUGUCGGAUUCAGGCAUCGAGAGUGAGCCAAGUUCGGCCACUCAGUUGGCACCAGGUCCACUGGGCAACCAGGCUUCUUCUUCCCUUCUCGCUGGAGUGGAUCUAGAUUGGGUUCCUUUACCGGUUGAACAAUUAUCGGUCGAACCGACAUCUCAAUGUGCUGGCGCAAAGCAGCUGCCUCAACUCAGUCCCGCGUCGAAAGCGUCCGCAACGCCAGAGCUGCCAAACCCAGAGAGCACCAGCGCCGUGAGCGGCGUCCAGUCUUCCCUAACCUCCAUCAACUCGCUCCCCUCAGACGAUGAGGUGGAGGGCGAGACAGUGGGGAGGAAAUCCAGCGUCAUCGUGCAAGAGCAGACCUUGGUUUUCUCCGGAGGUGCCGACAUCCGCCUUCCGUUGUGCACCAACAUCCCAGCAAGGACUGUACCUCAAAGAGGAGCCACCACUAGCCUCGGAGAUGAUUCGGUGUUCCAUAAGGACGACGUUUCUGUGCUUCUGUCCCUUUGCGGAGGAGGAGCUAGCUCGUCAGCUCCUGACAAGGCUUCAGAUCCUCCAGAUCUUGGUCCUUCUAGCGUAGGUGCACCAGAAGUCUCCAGUGACCUGCAGACAGCCGCUCAGUCUAGCACCUCCGCCACCAGCAGCACAGACCUGGUGAAGAAAGGCUUGGUGGAGAACUACUUCGGUUCGCGUUCCAGUACAGAUAUAUCCGAGAUCAGCCCCGUGGAGACUUCCGCUAUCACCUUGGGCAAUCAAGCGCGUUCCAACGCCGCCGAGAAAGAGGAAGCAGCAGCAACAGCAGAAGACGAAGAAGAGCAAGAGCACGAGAUGAUCGAGAACGGCUACUACGAGGAAACCGACGCACCGCUCUAUGUCAACGGUCUUCCCGAAGAGGAUGCGAAGGCUGGAGAGGUGGAGGGCAGUGGAGGCGGAGCCGAGGCACGGAGUCUCUUAUACGAUCAGCUGGGGUUCGAGCACCUCAGGGAGACGUACUCUCCUAGAACUAGCCUGAAAACCCGGUCUUCGGAAGCGGCGAUGACCUGCAGCAACCUUUGCUGGUACGAGACGGCGCCUCCUGCUCAGAUGAAGGCGUUUGUUCAGGCGAGGGAGGAGCUGAAGCAGCUGAAGCUGCCCGGGUUUCUGUACAGUGAAGUGGCAGAGCUGGCCUCCACCGUGCCGUAUUUCAGCCUGGACGAGGACGAGAGCUGUGACGAGGGGGUUCACCUCAUCGUGUGUGUGCACGGGCUGGACGGUAACAGUGCAGAUUUACGGUUGGUGAAGACGUAUCUGGAGCUGGGUCUGCCUGGAGCUCGCAUUGACUUUCUAAUGUCGGAACGUAACCAGAACGACACCUUCGCUGACUUUGAGUCUAUGACUGACCGACUGCUGGAUGAAAUUGUGCAAUACAUACAGAUCUACAAUCUCACCGUUUCCAAGAUAAGUUUUGUGGGUCAUUCUCUGGGGAAUCUGAUCGUGCGGUCAGUGCUGACCAGGCCCAGGUUUAAGUGUUACCUGAGCAGACUGCACACCUUCCUGUCACUGUCCGGCCCUCACCUCGGCACCCUCUACAACACCUCGGCUCUCGUCAACACGGGGCUGUGGUUCAUGCAGAAGUGGAAGAAGUCCGGCUCGCUGCUGCAGCUGACCUGCCGGGACCAUUCAGACCCGCGACAGACCUUCCUCUACAAGCUGAGCAAGAAAGCAGGUCUUCAGUUCUUUAGGAACGUGGUGCUGGUGGGCUCUCUGCAGGACCGCUACGUGCCCUAUCACUCCGCUCGCAUCGAGAUGUGCAAAACAGCCUUAAAGGACAAGCAGACGGGCCCGGUGUACUCUGAAAUGAUCGAGAACCUGCUGGUUCCGGUGCUUCAGAACAAAGACUGUAACCUGGUGCGCUACGAUGUCAUCCACGCACUGCCCAACACCGCCAACUCCCUGAUCGGCCGGGCGGCGCACAUCGCCGUCCUCGACUCCGAGAUUUUCCUGGAGAAGUUCUUCCUGGUGGCCGGACUGAAGUUCUUUCAGUAGAACCAGGAGAACCAGGAGAGAACCAGGAGAGAUCCAGGAGGCGGGAAGCGAAUACCUCAACACCCCGACAGACAUUCAACAGCGUAUCACUAUUUUUUUAUGGUUUUAAAUAUGCCUCUGCCUUGGUCCAGUGGGGUAAAGAGAAGCGUAUGUCAGUGUUUUUACAUUUCCUUCUGGAUAUUUGUUUUUAUUCGGUCUGUUGUGAAUGUGGGAUUUACCGUUUUUAUUUUUGUACUGCUAUUUUUCUUUUUAAAAGACUGAUUUACGGUUGAUUUUUAUUUUAUUUUAUUAUUUUAAUUUUUUUUUUUUGUUCGUUGGUGAGAUAAAGCCAAGUCUCUUUCUUUGUAAAAUUUCAGUGUUAUUUAUCUAUUAUCAAGUUCUAUUUUGCCAGGUUUCUUCCACAGUACAAUCGAAUUCGUUUGAUUUCAAUCUUAUUCAUGCUGAACUGGAAAAGUAGCUGCUACAAAACUAACAAACAAACGAAAAAAGAGCGAAAUAUUUAUACGUAGAGGCUGAUAACUUUAUAUAAGAGCAUGGACGCUGUGCUUGCUUUCUGUAAAAAUGAAGACCCGCCCUCCAAGACCAAGCUUAGUGUCUCAGCCUGCCUUCAUUGAGUUUAGUUACAUCAGUUUACAGCAUAGCCUAAAUGACCAGAAGCAUUUUAUGCUAAUUUCCAAACUAAAAUUACUUAGCGAACAUAAUAAAAGGUGUAUGAAGUAGCUGAUUAUGUGAACAAUAGCACAAAAAACACAUCACAAAAUCAAUAAUAGGAUGAUUAACUAGCUACAGUAUUUAUGUAGCCAAUCAGAUCCAGCCAACACAUUUAAUACGAAAAAUAGCCCCGCCUUCUUACGAUAUACCGAGCGUUAGGAAUGGGCGAUAUGGCCUUAAAAAUAAAAAAAAAUAAGAACAGUGUGAAUUUUCUUUUGCUAAAAAUUAGAUAAUUAGGGGUGGGUGAUGUGGCAAGAUAUUUCAGGGUAUAAUAAUAUCGUUUGAUAUUCAAAAAUGUUGGCAAAAUUAUUGCAAACGAUACAAAAUGGCACACUCCUAACUGAGAUAUUAAAAAAAAAAUACAAGAAUUUUAUCAGAUUUGUAACAAAAGUCACUGAUCUAGAAUGAUACUAAUAAUACUAAUAACGUACUCCAAAUAUCUCCAUUUAUCCAGUAUUAAAGUAAAAUAAAUGAUACUGGACAGAUAUUGGAUAUAAUCUGUCUCUGGUAGAUAUAUUAUAGGAAAUUAAACCAGUGUGAAUUUUACUUUUGCUAAAAAUUAGAUAAUUAGGGGUGGGUGAUAUUUCAGGGUAUAAUAAUAUUGUUCGCGAUAUUCAAAAAUGUUGGCUAUAUAUUAUAUAUAAUUUAUAAACUGCAGGAUUUCUGUAGGACAAUUUAAAAAAAAUGUGACAAUAAUAUUAGCACAGAAAAAAACUAAAUGUUACGCUAAAAAAUACACACACAAAAAAAAGUAAAAAAUCAUUGUGGUGGGCGGAGCUACAUGCUUGCUGUCGUACUGCAACCAGACCUGUCGUAGCUACACUUUAAAACCACGGUUCCAAGAGAUGUUGUGCCGCCGUCCAUGCUCUUUUAUAUACAGUCAUCGUGGGAGGAACUGACUGAAGUACCGAGUUUGUUUUUCGUUUUCGUUUUUCUCCGUAAAAGUGGCGAAAAACAACAAAAAAAAAGAAUUGCGCUGUUCUCCAGAAUGUUUAAACGUAUCCGUGGUUGACCGGCAUUCGAACCGCAUCAGAUUAAAUUGUUCUUCGUUUUUUUUGUAAUCAGUCCGUUGCCAUUUGAGUACAUGCGUUUUUGUACGACGGUUCUUUUUUACGAUAAAAAAAAACAAACGUGAUUGCGAUAAAAAGACUUCCAGAUGUGAGAUGAUAAUGAUGAUGAUGAUUGUAGCUGAGACAACACAGCCUUGGACUCUUCUUCGGUUACAUAUAAAACGCUGUCUUGUUCAGCCAUCAGAACCUCACGCACACACACACACACACACACACACACUACCCCAGCCUGGCGUUGGGUACAGGAACUUGUUAGCAUGUUAGCAUUUUACUACUACAGGGGUUUUCCACGUUUAACGGAAUCUUAAUUUGGUCGUGUUGCGGUAGGAGAGUCUCGUAGAGAGAGAGAGCGUAGUAGAAGGUUCGUAGAUGUACGAGGAAAGUAUUUAAGUUUGGUUUCUAACGGGGACUUUUAAUUUAUGCUUGUAAUCAAAAAAGUGUAUUUAAAUAAAACAUCGAUUUUAUCAUUUGUUAAAAAAUGGUUUUGUACCAUGGACUUCACAAUUCAUUAAAUGUACUCAAAUUA